AUGUCUGCAUAUCCUUAUAUGAAAGGGAGAGAAUCAGGACGGAUUUUCACCUCCUACCCUUGUGGAGUCAUGGAAACAGAACUACUAUUGGCUCCUAUUACAGCUCUGGAGGUUGUGGGAGAUCAUCUUAUAGCAGGAGAAGGACCCAACAUAGCCAUCUAUAGCCUGGAGCCUGGUGUCAGCCCAUCAGCAAGAUGCUCCAAGCAGGUCCUUCGGAACUAUAAUGUCCAUGGUAUUAAGGAGCAGCAAAAUUUGAGUCCUGGAGCUAACAAAUCUUCAACCCUGGCUAUCUUUGGAGGCAAAAGCUUUGUGGUUGUAAAGCUCAGCUUCCAGAACAGCACAGUGAAACUCAGUGAAGUCUUUCCUUUCUGUGAGCUGCAUGACUGGAUCUGGGACCUGCAGUGGCUGGAGGGCAGGGCUGAGAUGCCCAGCAGUGUGGCUGUGGCCUUGGGACACAAUUCAGUGGCACUGUAUGACUGUGUUGGCCAGAGGAUCCUCCAAGAAGUGCACUGCCAAGAGAAAUGUAUCCUCUAUUCUGCCCACUUGGUAGGGAGCCACUGGAAGACGUUGGUUCUGGUGGCUGGCACAGUCUUUCAUCAGUUGGUGGUCUGGUGUGCAGCUGACCAGACAGAUGACACAGGACGGAUAAAGCCCCGCAGCAGGAUCAGUGGACACAGCGGUGUCAUCUUCAGCAUUUGCUUCUUGGAGAGCAAGGGCAUCCUGGCCUCUGCCUCUGAUGACAGGAGUGUGCGGCUUUGGAGCAUCUGUGACCUCAGAACACCGCCUGCUCUGGUCCCAUGCUUGCUCGUGUGCUAUGGGCACCAGUCCAGAGUCUGGUCAGUAAGACUGCUAAGGGACUACAUCAUCAGCAUUGGAGAGGAUUCUGCUUGUCUAGUGUGGAACUACCAGGGCAAGAUUGACCACAGCUUCAAAGGACACAAGGGCCAAGGGCUGCGGGCAGUGGCUGUGCAUGAGGGGCGAGGCUGGUUGUUCACAGGGGGAGCUGAUUCGGGCAUUAGACACUGGUGCCUCAAGGAAAGCAGCACCAGUGGGAACAGGCUCUGGCAGCUGAACUUUCCUUCCCCUGGGAGAAAAGGAUCCCCCAGGGUGGUAAAACUGGUGGAUGUAAAUCAUCUCUUGGUAAUGACUGAUGCUGGGGUUGUCUAUUCCUGUGACUUGACUUCUGAAGCUUGGACAUUGCUCCUGGAGGAUGCUGCUUAUCAGUCCUACGGUCUCUUAGAAGUGUCCAAGCUUGCCAACGGGGGCAUUUUGUGUGCCAUGGGCAAUUUGUUGGGGCAAGUGAAAGUCUUCCCAUUCAGCAGUCCCACACAAAGCAAAGAGUUCAACUUGUAUGAGGGGAAAGUGCACAAUUUGACUUGGGCCACAGAUCCCAAACAGGAUCCCAAUACUUGCAGCCUCUUUGCUUCUGGCCCAGCUGGGGCUUUGCUGUGGCUGGAGGUCUCUUGGCAUCCACUUGGGGGAACAACUGUGGUGGUAAAGCAGUGUUUUCUCCUGCCAGUCUGCAAGCAGCGAUGGCACACCUGUGCUGCAUUCCUGCCCCAGGGAGACUUUCUGCUUUGCGGCGACCGCAGGGGCUCUCUCGUGAUGUUUGCAUGCAAGCCAGCCCUCGGACUGGAGAAAGUGCAAGGGGGAGGUGAACUUGGCAGUUCUGCUGCAGAGACCACCUGUAACUUGCCUGGACUUUCCUUCCCUAUUGGAAACGAAGAGCCCCAUGCCGAGAGGCCCGUCUCUCUGCUCUUUGGGCUUCACGGGAAGCUUGGUGUGACCUCCGUAACCUGCCACGGUGGUUUUAUUUACAGCACAGGGAGAGACAGCUGCUACCGCCAGCUGCAAGUGCAGGAUCAGCAGCUCCAAGUGCUGAGGAAGGAAAAGCCAUGCAAAGAGCUGGACUGGCUGGAAGACCUACGCUUUGGCCCUGAAGGGAGCCUGUGGGUGCUGGGCUUCCACGCUACCCACUUCAUCGUCUGGAGUGCCAGCAGCAGUGAGAUGCUCCUCUCCCUUCCCUGUGGAGGUGGCCACCGCUCCUGGAGCUAUGCCCGUUGCCUUUCCGUGGAGACCUUUGCUUAUAUCAAAUCUGGGGACAUUUGGUUGUACCAAAGUAAAGAAGCCUCCAGUGGGCAGCGAAUCCUGAAAGCGGCUCUGCAUGGCAGGGGGCUGACGUGCGUGUGUCACAUUGGAACCCUGAAAACUUUUGGGCACGAGAGGGUGAGUGUUUUUGCUACAGGAAGUGAGGACAAUACAGUGAACAUUCUUGCUUUUCAUGUGCAAACUCGCACGGUGACCCAGCUCGCUGCUAUUGGCGACCAUAUCUCCAGCAUAAGAGCUCUGACUGUCAUCCGGAACAGCGUUACUCAGCCUGAGACAGAAAGGAUCUCGGCUACACUUUUUUCAGCCGGGGGACGAGCCCAGAUUGAGUGUUACCGAUUAAUGUUCAGCCCUAAGCAUGGUUCCAGCAACGGCAUAGUCUGUCAGCUGGUUCAUGUGGCAUCGCAUCGCCUAGAUGAGCACUGGGAUCGCAAGAAGAAUAAGCAUAAACUCGUCAAGAUGGAUCCGGAAACCCGGUACAUGUCUACAGUGGUGCUCCCUAGGACAGGAGAUGCGGAACUGCCAGGUCCCUUAUGCUUCCUAGCUGCUGCGUGUAGUGAUGGAUCUGUCCGACUCUUCCUGCUGCUUGAGAAUGCCCAGAAGUUGUGUCUCGUGGCAGAAUCCUUCCACCAUCAGCGCUGUGUCCUGAAGGUCGAGGCGUUUGCCUACGAGGCUGCUAGUGGGAAAAGGAAACACUUUGUGGGCAGUGCGGCCACUGAUGGAAGCAUUGCAUUUUGGGACGUUACUGCUGCCCUUGGUCAUACUGCAGCAACAGUAAAGGCAGGAGACCCACAGAUGAAACCUUUAGCCCUGGAAUCCCCAGUCCUGACCAUUCAGGCUCACAGCUGUGGUGUGAACAGUCUCCAUAUCCAGGAAACAGCUGACGGACACUUUGUAGUGGUCAGUGGCAGUGAUGACGGGUCCAUCUCUGUGCAUUUUAUCCAUGUGAAGGCUGAAAGCCCUGAGGGCCAGGAGACCCCAGCCAGAGUUGGCAUCCAGGUGGUCAGAAAAGUAUCACGGCUUUGUGCUCACGUGGCUCACGUGACAGGAGUGAGGCUCCUCCGCCUGAACUUCCUCCUUUCUGUGUCAGUGGACCAACGCUUGACGCUCUGGAGCCUCUGUGAGGACAGUUUGUCUUUUGCUUGGAGCAAAUUCUGCCACGUGGCUGAUGUGGCCGCUCUGGAGUGUUGGGAAACUGAAGGACACGGCUAUCGUGGUGUGAUAUGUGGUCAGGGAUUAGAGGUCCUUUCCUGGGGGCUGGAUGUGCAAGGUAGAGAAAUAAAAGAUGGGAUCUGAAA